UCCCCUCAAAAAUUUGCAAAAUUUGACCUAAAUUUUUGCUCAAAAUUAUUUGACCAGUGACAAGGUAAAAGAGAAAGAAAGAGUCCGUACAACCAGGAACCAGUGUUUGAUUAACAAAAUCCCCGCCCCCAAAAAACCAGAAAGGAAAUUCAGACUACAAGGAAGGAAAUGACGGGAAAACACAAGUCCAAGGAGAGAAGAGAACAGAGACGCCAACAGAUUUCCCUUCUCCGCACCAUUCCCUACUCCGAUCACCAAAGGUGGUGGUCACCUGAAACUGUUGCUGUGGUGACGGGUGCAAAUAGAGGCAUAGGAUUUGAGAUUGCCAGACAACUUGCCGGCCAUGGACUCACCGUUGUACUCACAGCAAGAGAUGCCCCUGUUGGCCUUGAAGCAGCUAAAGUCUUACAAGAGGGUGGUUUGAAUGUGGAUUUCCAUCAACUUGAUAUCUUAGAUUCCUUAUCAGUCUCCUCGUUUGGUGAGUGGAUCAAGGAAAGAUAUGGAUUCAUGGAUAUCCUGGUAAAUAAUGCAGGUGUUAACUACAAUCUUGGAUCAGAUAAUUCUGUUGAAAAUGCCAGGAUGGUCAUUAAUACCAACUACUAUGGCACCAAAAAUAUUAUCAAAGCUAUGAUCCCAUUCAUGAGACAUUCUGCAUCCGGGGCUCGUAUUGUUAAUGUUAGCUCUCGGCUAGGUAGAUUAAAUGGCCGACGAAAUAAACUCGGAGAUGUGACUUUAAGAGAGCAGCUGGGUGAUGUAGACACUCUCUCAGAAGAACUCAUUGACAGGACCAUGUCAACUUUCUUACAACAAGUUGAAGAUGGCACUUGGCAAACAGGUGGAUGGCCUCAAGUAAGCACAGACUACUCAUUAUCAAAGCUUGCUGUUAAUGCUUACACGAGGCUACUGGCGAAAGAGCUCUCUGCCCGACCAGACGGUCAGAAGAUCUACAUCAAUUGCUUCUGUCCAGGGUGGGUAAGGACUGCUAUGACAGGUUGGGCUGGCAAUAUUUCACCAGAGGAUGGAGCAGAUACUGGAGUAUGGCUUUCUCUGCUUCCAGACCAGGCUAUAUCGGGGAAAUUUUUUGCAGAAAGACGGGAGAUAAGCUUCUGAUGGGGACACUACAAUUUCAGCUACCAUCACAGAAUCUGAGAACAAGUUAAUGUUUUCUUUCAGAAGGAGUUGCCUGUUAAUAGGCAAGUGGAAAAAAUGGUAGAGAAAGUGUUUCAGGCUUUUUGUUACAGUGGGAAAAGAGAAAAAGUUUGGAAUGGAUGGAUGGGAAUGUAAUGUGUGUUGAAAUGUAGAAAGCAAUGAUUGGGAAAUUAAUGCUACUUAAUUUUUUAACUUA